AUGAAAGGCUCCGGCCUCUUCUCCUGUCUCUCUCUCAUCCUUCUCAUAUUGUUGUCCUCAUCUUCAGCAUGGCCCUGGCCUAAGUCGUUCGGCGAUAUCGGAGACACAGUCGACACGUUUCUAGCACGGCGUCAGAACAACGACAAUAACAACGAUGAUAAUCAGGAUGCCGCAUCCUCCUCUACAGCUGCAUCGACGGACACAGCCGAAGCAUCUGCCUCGGCGACGGACGAUUCCGAGUCUUCAGGAUCUGCCUCAGGGACAAUUACAAAAUCUGCCUCAGGCACAGGAUCCGCCAACAGCACAAAGACUACAAGCACCAAAACAACCCCAAUUGACCCUCGCUUACCCCCGGGCGGUAUCUCGCUCAUCACACCAGCUCCCAUCGAUGGAGUUCAAUAUUACAAAGUUGGGGAUCUCGUGACAUUCCAAUGGAACUAUACAUCGCUUUCCGUCACCCCCAAAGCCAUUGAUGUACUGGCUUCUUGUUCCAUAAAUUCUGCAACUUACACAAUCUCCGCCAACAUGUCUGUCGAAGAGACUGGCGCGGUUACCUGGGAUACUGGGGAGUUCCAGGCCACCGCCACGAAUCCUUUCCCCGUGGCUAGUUAUACCUUGAUCGUUCACGAUUCGUCAAAAGAUAUCACCGAUGUCCCUUCAGCAGGCUAUCUUGGUGCGUAUGCUCAAUAUGUCUUUGGCAUGUACACAGGGCAACCAUACGUGCCAUUGAACGAGUUCAAAUGCGCAACCUGCAAUGGUGCGCUAUCCAUCCACGAGAAACAAGCUCUAGGUGUUAUAUUAACGACUGCUGCGAUCACGAUCAUGUCCUUCACAUGGUUUGCAAAUGGAUUCGGGGUUUUCUAA